CGACAGCUUCAUGCAUAUGACAACCAUGUGUCACGUACGAAUGCGAAUGGAGUUAGUUGAUGACAGCGCUCCCAGUAUUGCUUUUCAGAACGUCUGGCGGGCACAAACAUCGGCCCAUUCUGAUUACGGGCAGUUCGGUCUCCUUAUACAUUAACUCCAUGGUUCCUAUACUGGUCAACUAGUGCAAGAUACACAGAUUGACGUAUCGAGCCUGCUCGAAACUUGUGAAAUGCGUUACUUGUUUCAAGGAAUUCAUUUUUAUUCUGGGACAAUGAGAAGAAAGUGUUCUUACCCGCAUUGCCUGACAGGCUCGGCAAUGGACCACAAACGCAACGUGGCCCAUGGUCUAAAGAAAAAAACUUUAUUUUGUGUCCCAAGGGAUCCACAACGUCGUAAACAUUGGGAAACUGCUUUGAACCGGCCCCUCAACGAUUCAGAAGUCAUUUGCGAAUUGCAUUUUCAUAAAAAAGAUAUUUUGAGCCAAUUCAAAAUUCGCUUGUAUGAUGGAUCGAUUUUUAAAAUGAAUAAAGAAAAAUCAAGUUUGGUUAAAACAGCAAUCCCUCAUUUAUAUAAUUCGAACGUUAAAAAAGAAAAUGACGAUUCAGUGAUCAAUAUCGCUCCACAAAAAAAGAAAAGAAAUGUUGCUAACACUUGUUCGACCACUUUGAAAAAUACUAAAAAUCUGAGUGUAAUAAACACAUACACUAAAUCUAAAAAGCUGCUUGUAAUGGAAGGGUGCACUAAUACUGAAAAUCUGCAUGUAAUGGAUGCAUAUACUAAUACUAAAGAUCUGUGUGUAAUGGAUGCAUACACUAAUACUCAAAAUCUGUGUGUAAUGGAUGCACACACCGAGUCCUCGACAGUGAUGACCAAUAACGUUGCACAAAUAAAAAAACAAGCUAUUACUGGAAAAUCUUCGAGUAUUUUGGAAAAUAUAAAAAAUGUACACCUACCAGAUAAAUGGACUUGCGUAGCUUUGCCUGAUUCAGUGGUCAUUGGAAUGUGGAAACCGAAUGGUGAACCUGGGAAACGUCUCGUCGUGAAAUCUAAUUUAACCAUUCAGGCAUUUAUCGAGAACGAAGCAAUAAAUUUGCCGAGAAUGACUACCCCAAAUUCUGUAGAGGAUAUUAUGAAACAUAUUAACACACUGCAAUCUCUUCUAUUGUGCGAAGGAAGAUCUCGUAAACAUGUGAUACCAUGGUUCUCUAGACAAUGCCUGGGAUUUGUUGAUCCUAAAGAUUCGGUGAAGUUACACUUUGGACAGUUUUGGUGUGCUCAUUGCCGCGUGAUAAGACGUAAAAAUCUCAAAAAGAAAAAUAUUCAAAGAAGGAUGGAAAUAGCGCUGCUAUUGUCUAAGCGAUGCAACGAACUUAUAGCGAAGGCGGAGAGACAACGAAAAAAAAGAAUAGCAUCCAAGAUAGGACUUUAAAAUAAAUAUUUCAUUCGUGUAUACUUUUCAUAAGUAAACUUAUUCAUAAUCUACUCUACCCGGACCGGUGAUUGUGGUUUUGUUGGUCAAGGUUUCUGUGAUGCAAAGUGUUUUCUAGGGUUAAAUUGACGUAUGUUUAAUGUUAUGAAUUGCUGAGAACAUGAUUUAAUUCUAAACAAUUUAUUUGCUUGAUUAUAGGAUUAAAUUACAUUUUUAUAAUUAUUUUUUUCAGCGUUUCAAUAAGAAAGAACUUUGUACAGAAA